AUGGUUGGAAGUGCUUCUUUGGGAUUCUCCGAGCUUGUGGCUAUAGGAGCUCGCGUUGAAUAUGGUGUAAGGAAUGGCAAACUGGAGGCUGUAGCUGGAACUUUAAAUGCCAAUCAAAAGAAGUUCUCUGGAGGGUUUCCCAGGAAGAAGGAAGGGGAAACAAAUGUUCAACCCAUCUAUCCCGUCCAGUACGCUCCUCAGCCGUACGUAGCCGCUGUGACGCCCGCAUUCAAUCAACAGCUUGCUCAGGAUUAUCAAGCGCCUCCAGUUUAUCGACCAGCCCCAGUUCAACAACGUGCUACGGCUCCUCCAGCUUAUCAACAAGCACCAACAGCUCCUGUUUAUCAACAACCGAGAGCUCAAGCUCCGAGGCAAAAUGCUCAGAACCAGAACAGGAGGCAAGGGGAGAGGGCGACCUUCAAUUCAAUCCCAAUGUCGUACACUGAGUUGUAUUCGUCCCUAUUGCAAAAGGGGUUGGUGGUUCCUAGACCUAUGGGACCUCCACCCGACCGUCUUCCUCCAUGGUAUAACCCUAAUGCACAUUGCCCUUUCCAUGAAGGUGCCCCCGGGCAUGACUUAGAGGGUUGUUACGCUCUAAAGCAUAGGGUUCGUGAACUGAUUGAGAGCAAGAUCUUGUCUUUUAAGGACAUGGGACCGAAUGUGAAGAACAAUCCUCUUCCUCCCCAUGGAAAUCCUGUGGUAAAUGCCAUUGAGGAUGCCUUUGUUGGUAUUGCGAUUGAUAAGGUGGAUGAUGUGAAGACUCCUUUGGCAGCAUUCCAUGCCCGAUUGGUGGAAGCUGGCCUGGUUAAUGUUGAUCAUGACAAUUGUGAAGAGUGUGCCACACACCCAAGAGGAUGUCAGGUGGUACGAGACAAUAUCCAAAACUUGAUGGAUGAAGGAGUGCUUCAAAUCUCAAGUUUCGCAAAGAGCGAAGACGUGUUGGUAAUUGAACCUUGCUUCAAUCUACCUGAACCAGUUGAAAUCCCAUAUUAUAGUGGUGGAGUGGUUCCUGAGAGUAGUAAGCUUUCGCCUGUGGAAAUAUGUAUGCCCACGCCUUUUCCCUACGAGAGCACCAAGAUUGUGCCUUGGAAAUAUGAGAUUACCGCUGUGGAUAAGGUUGUUGAAGGAAAUGCAGACGUCGAAGUGACAGAAUCUGUAAGUGAAGACGUCACCAAUAUUGCAGGAAUGAGCAGGAUGACCCAUAGUGGUCGAAUCUAUACGCCUGAAUUCAAUGUGACUCCUCAAGGGUCGGCCAAGGAAUCAACAGUUGUAGCCCCUACUAAAGAACCCGAAGUGGUUCAAUCCGAAGAUACUGUUGAUCAAGAAAAGUGA